AUGCCUAUCCUUCCGAAUUUGGACCAAGUGGCCUACAUGUUGGAGCACAUCGACGAUGACUUGACUCCUUCUAUCCACAUCUCGUCCGCCGUGACCAUGGCAGGCGCCACGGCAGCCGUGAUCUUGAGGUUCCUGGCUCGUCGCGCGACGGAGUCUGGUUUUGGAAAAGAUGACUACUGCCUCUUCCUCGGCUAUUUCUUCUACAUGUCGUACAUGAUUGCCCUCGAAUACGAUACGCACUGGGGCUUCGGGAGACAUGUCAUUGUCGUGACGGACGCGCGGGCCCUGGUUAUAACGUCCAUCCUCCUGCUUUAUCAUCGCAUCUUCCCAAGCAAGACCUUCCGGAGGGCCUUGAUGGUUCUCGGCGCGUUCAUCUUCGCCUGGGCGAUGGCCGCCUUCUUCCCCAGCAUUUUCACAUGCUUUCCCAUAGAGAGCACUUGGGACUUUAGCAUCCAGGGCUUCUGCAUCGACUAUGGGAAAGUGACCCUCGUGAUCGGCGUCUUCAACAUCGUGAUAGAUUUCGUCAUCUUAGGAUACCCUAUGCCCAUGCUGUGGAGAUUGCAAAUGCCCAAGAGGCGCAAAACCCUGCUGUCGCUCGCGUUUGCGGCCGGUAGCAUAGCUUGCAUCGUUAGCAUAGCCCGUCUGUUCUACGCUCGCGAGGUCGAAUCGACCUAUGAUGCAACCUGGGACAGCAUCUAUGGUGCCGUGCUCUCGGGCGUGGAGAUGUGCACCGCCAUCGUCGCCUGCUGCACCGUCACCUAUCGGCCGCUCAUCGAACGCGUCUUCGACACCGGCAGCACGGCCAAGGGCUCCAAGGCUUCCUCGGGCCGUCACGGGGGUAAGCACGCCAGGCAGGGCUAG